AAACUAAAAGAUGUUAAAAUCCCCGGCCGUCGCAUACUAAGCGGUACAUUGUGGGUGAUUGCGACUGGACGAAAUGCGCUGAUUGUGCUCAUAGCCAGCGUUUUGGCAUAUAAUACAUGUGAAACACGCGAGUCUUGUGUCUUCGUAUUGACAGGCAAAGUGAAGAGCGGUUUUCCAGAUGUCGGGCUGCCCAAAUUCCACACAAUAAUAGAGGCAGCAAAUGGUACUGCAAUUGAACAGGACUAUGUGGAUAUGUUCAAAGAACUUGGUCCCUCGAUGAUUAUAUUGCCCAUAAUCGCCGUGCUGGGUAAUGUUGCCAUAUCGAAAGCUUUCAGCAGCGCUGGCAUAAGUCCUACACGCGAAUUGAUUGCGCUUUCGCUCUCCAAUGUGAUUGGUUCGUUCUUCUCUUCAAUGCCGGUGACGGGGUCUUUUUCACGCAGCGCUGUAAAUCAUGCGAGUGGCGUGCGUACACCCAUUGGUGGUUUCUAUACUAGUGCGUUGGUGCUAUUGGCGCUUGGUUUGCUGGCGCCUUACUUCCAAUACAUUCCGAAAGCUGCAUUGAGCGCGGUUAUCAUAUCAGCGGUGAUAUUUAUGAUCGAAUUUGAGGUCAUCAAACCUUUGUGGCGCUGCAGUCGUCGCGAAUUGCUGCCCGGUGCCAUAACAUUCGUUGUGAGCUUAGCCAUUGGUGUCGAGAUCGGUUUACUGUUGGGCGUUGCCGUAGAUGUGGCAUAUCUGGUGUAUCGCGCUGCCCGUCCAGCACUUAGUGUAUCCAAAUUACGAACCACUAACGGUAUUGAGUAUAUUCUCAUGCGCCCGAUACACAGCUCACUCUACUUUCCAGCAAUCGAGUGGGUACGCACUGGCAUUUCAAAGGCUGUGGCGAUGCAUGGCAUUGCGCCAGUGGUGCUGGAUUGCGCUAAUAUGCAUGAACUCGAUUUCACAGCUGCACGCGGCAUGGGCGCGGUGAAUAAGGAGUUGGCAAAUAGUUCUGUGCCACUAUUUUUCAUGAAAGCUUCCAAAGAAAUCUGCAUUAUACUAAAAGAGUCUACAAAUUGUGAUUUUGCAACUAUAGAAUCGCCGGAUGAUUUAGAAUACAUAUUGCAUAAUACGUUAUCGAUCGAUGAUCAUCGUUUGCAAGUUACCAUUCCAUUAAUUUCUGCACAAACUAAACAAAAUGGCGAUUGAUGACCGUGGCGGUCGUUUGUAGUGCUUUAGACAUAAGUUUUUGUAGGUUAUUUAAAAAUGUAUUAGGUUAUUACAAUUUGAAAAAUCCAAUUGUGUUUAGAUAUUUUGAGAAUUCUCUAAACGGAAUUUUCUUAAAAUGGUUGGCUAAUGCUGUUAUAAGUAUUUAUAGAUCAGUACAUAUCUAUGAGUGUAGAUAACUAAGUAAAUUUUUAUUUUUUUUUGAAAACGACUCUUUUAUUAUACAUAUUUACAUAUUAAAUUUUUAAGAGUUUGGAAGUUAUUGUAAAACAUGACAUUUUUUUGGGAAUUUUCUUAAAAUUUGUUAUUUUUUUUUGGGAAACUUUAAAAUCUUAUAAUGAAGGGAAUUUCCUGAAAUAUAUUUAGAGUAGAACUCCAUAAGCGAGUUUCAGGCCUUCAGCAUUUUUCAGAUUUCAAACGCUAGUAAGUGCUGAAAGUCUGAAAAGUUCUGAAGAUUUCAAAAACUGGAUGUGAAGUUCUACUAUUAGUUUUCUUUUAUGCAUGUCAUUUAGAGUUUAAAUUACUGUUAAAAAAUCGCGUAUUACCAUCUAUAUAUUUCUGAGAACCGCUGGAUAGACAUUUCUAUCGUUAACUUAGACCUGACCGUAGUGAUGUAUUUUUAUAAAAUUCGACUGGGCAAAAAAUUCUAAAAUUUUUAUACUUUCUGUAUGCAAAUUUUUAUUUAUUUGCUUCUUUAGCAGCUGACAUUACACGCUAUGACUUUUGCGAUAAUUUAGUUGCAGGCCUUUGAAUUUGAAUGUCCUCACCAGAGUUGGCCACUGAAUAUGAAAUGGUAUUAAGAAUUGGUCUGAUGUUUUAAGUACCAGAAGAAGAGGAGAUGUACCCAUAAAAAAGAAUAUAAAAAUGACCAGAAGCCGAGCUGAGUUGAUUUUGUUAUUCCGCCUGUUUGUCUAUUUGAACGC